AUGGAGGCGAUGGAAGUUUAUGUGGAGCCGAUCAUGGACAAGAGAUAUGUGAGGUUUCUGUCGCAACUGAGCUGCGAAAGUUUCUAUGGGCAGCAGUCAGCCCUCAGUAUCCUCAACCCUGUCGCCAACUUACAACGAGGGCUUGUUCUGCGCGAGAUCGAACGAGACAUCGAGAACAGAAUCUCAAGGUACAUAGAGCAGCCGAGGUGCGGCAGGCUUCUUGUCGCCAUCGAUGUUGAAGGAAUGCUCGUCGGGUUCGUGGACGUGAGUCGGACCUUGUACAGUAAGGAGGAGAACGACUUCAAGUUGUCAAUGGGCCCAGGCCUGUCCCUCCUGGACCCUGCUGAUCAGUUCGAACGUCGGUUGUACAUCGCAAAUCUUGCCGUUUCACAGAAGUGCCGCCGAAAAGGAGUUGCAAGGCAACUGAUGAAGGCAGCGCAUGACGUAGCGUUGGAGCUGGGGAAGGAAGAAGAAUCUGUGUGGCUCGAGGUCAGCAAGAGCAAUGUAGCUGCAACUGAACUUUAUAAGGGAAUGGGAUAUGAGGUUUUCCUAUUGCUCGAGUGUUCGCGUGCGCAUUGUAAGAGUAAUGUUUCAGAUUGUGGCUGA